AUGUCAGCAAGAUUAUCAAAUGUUAGGGAUCACAUCGCUGGCGGUAGUGAUGCAUAUCACACAAAUAUUCACGAAAAGAGACCAGAUGAUAUUGUAAUCGUCAGUGCGCACAGAUCAGCAAUUGCGAAGGGCUUUAAAGGUUCAUUUAAGGAUGUAAACUCCGAUUACCUCUUGUUAGAAUUUUUAAAGGAGUUUUUCGACCAGCUUCCUCCUCAAAUCCAAAAUCAUAAGGAGAUCAUAGGUGAAGUGGCUUGCGGUAAUGUUUUAAAUAAAGGCGCAGGUGCCACAGAACAUAGGGGUGCUAUGUUAGCUGCAGGUCUGCCAUAUCAGAUACCAUUUUUAGCCGUUAACAGACAAUGUUCUUCGGGCUUGACUGCGGUUAACGAUAUUGCGAAUAAGAUUAGAGUUGGACAAAUUGACAUAGGAUUAGCAUGUGGUGUUGAGUCUAUGACGAAGAAUUAUCCACUUAAGGAUCCCUUAGGUUUGAUUUCUGACGAAUUAAAAAACAAUAAAGCCGCUAAAAAAUGUAUGCUACCAAUGGGUAUCACGAACGAAAACAUCUCAAGUAAUUUUACCAUCAGUAGACAGAUACAGGAUGAAUAUGCAGCAAAUUCUUACAACAAAGCUGAAAGAGCCAUUGAACAAGGUUUGUUUAAAGAAGAAAUUCUACCAUUACGUUUACCAAAUGGUGAAGUGAUAUCAACUGAUGAAGGUCCUCGUAAAGGUGUUACCUCACAAAAUUUAAGUAAAUUGAAACCUGUUUUCAUUAAGGAUAAAGGUACUACCACCGCUGGUAAUUCAUCGCAACUUUCUGAUGGUGUCGCGGGUGUUCUCUUAGCAAGAAGAUCUGUCGCUGAAAAAUUGAAUUUACCAAUCUUGGGUAGAUACGUGGCGUUCCAAUCUGUCGGUGUACCACCAGAAAUUAUGGGGGUUGGUCCUGCAUUUGCCAUUCCAAGGGUCUUGAAGGACGUUGGCUUGACGGUUGAUGAUAUUGACAUCUUUGAAAUUAAUGAAGCUUUUGCCGCUCAGGCAUUGUACUGUGUUCAUACAUUAGGUAUUGAUAUUGAAAAGGUUAAUCCAAGGGGUGGUGCUAUCGCUUUGGGUCAUCCCUUGGGUUGCACAGGCGCUCGUCAAGUGGCAACUAUUUUGCGAGAAUUACAACCAGGUCAAGUCGGUGUCGUAAGUAUGUGUAUCGGUACCGGUAUGGGGGCCGCUGCCGUUUUUGUUAAGGAGUAA